AACGGUCAAACCUGCGAACCAGAAAAAUCCGACCGCCGCCAAGGACGCUGCUGACGUAUUCAAUUCACUCAUAUGCUAUUGCGGAUCAUUUUCCUCCGCUUCCCGGUAACUCCCCGGUGGCCGGUUAAAGAGACGGUUGGAGGAUUGUAUGACUAUGAAGAGUAGCGUCAAUAACAACCUUAGCAACAGCAGCAACAAAGACAAGAGGAAUAAUAAUAAUAAUGGUUUUUUGCCCACUUAUUUGAAAUUCGUUUCCACUUGCUUAAAAACUGCAUCUUCUGGAGUUCGGUCGGCUGGCGCCUCCAUUGCCACUUCCAUAUCCGGCGGUGCCCAAGACCAACGCAAAGACCAGGUGCACUGGGCAUCCUUUGACAGAUUAGAGCUUGGUUCAUUGUCAUUUAAAUGUGUUCUCUUGGUUGGAUACUUCAAUGGCUUUCAAGUCCUCGAUGUUGAGGAUGCUUCUAAUGUCAGUGAAAUUGUUUCAAGGCGUGAUGAUCCUGUUACAUUUUUACAGAUGCAGCCUUGCCCUGAAGGGUCUCAGGGUAAUGAAGGAUUCAAGGCAUCACAUCCUUUACUUUUGGUUGUUGCAUGUGAUGAAUCAAAGAACUCUGCUUUGGUUCUUGGCAGAAGAGAUGCUAUUGAUGAGCCCCAAACAGGAAAUAUUCUCACCUCUCCUAUGGCUGUUCGGUUCUAUUCACUGAGGUCUCAUAAUUAUGUUCAUGUUUUGAGAUUCCGAUCACCUGUCUAUAUGGUUAGAUGUAGUCCUCGGAUAGUUGCUGUUGGUCUGUUAACACAAAUAUACUGCUUCAACGCUCUCACCCUUGAAAAUAAAUUCAGUGUCCUUACCUAUCCUGUCCCUCAAAUGGGAAGCCAAGGAAUGAUUGGUCUUAAUAUUGGCUAUGGUCCAAUGGCUGUGGGACCUAGAUGGUUAGCUUAUGCUUCCAAGAAUCCUUUGCAGUCAAAUACAGGUCGCCUCAGCCCACAGAGCCUUACUCCUCCUGGUGUCAGCCCAUCAACUUCACCCAGCAAUGGUAGUCUUGUGGCUCGAUAUGCCAUGGAAUCUAGCAAGCAAUUAGCCACUGGUUUAAUCAAUCUGGGUGACAUGGGCUAUAAAACUUUUUCAAAAUACUAUCCAGAUCUCAACCCUGAUGGUUCUGGUUCUCCCAUGUCUUCACCUUCAGGCUGGAAAGUUGGUCGGGGUGCUUCUCAUGCAACAGAGACGGAUAUUGCUGGGAUGGUUGUUGUCAAAGAUUUUGUUUCCAGAGCUGUCAUAUCUCAGUUCAAAGCUCAUUCUAGCCCAAUUUCUGCUCUAUGUUUUGAUCCAAGUGGGACUCUUCUGGUUACAGCCUCAAUACAUGGCAACAAUAUAAAUAUAUUUCGCAUCAUGCCAUCCUACUCAAAAAAUGGAUCAGGCAGUCAAACCUAUGAUUUGAGCUCUUCUAAUGUGCACCUUUACAAGCUUCAUCGUGGGAUGACAUCAGCGGUGAUACAAGACAUAUGUUUUAGCGAUUAUAGUCAGUGGAUUUCAAUUGUCUCAUCCAGGGGAACUUGUCAUAUUUUCAUUCUUUCUCCAUUUGGUGGUGAGAAUGUUCUCCAAGUCAAGAAUUCUCAUGUAGAUGGGCCAACCCUAUUACCGGCUCUGUCUAUACCUUGGUGGUCUUAUGACUCUUAUCAUCAAUCCUUUUCUUCACCACCAGCACCUGUUACUCUCUCUGUAGUUAGCAGAAUUAAAAAUGGUAACUCUGGUUGGCUUAAUACUGUUACCAAUCCUGCAUCUUCUGUAUCUGGAAAGGCUUCCAUCCCAUCCGGUGCUCUUGCUGCUGCUUUCCAUAACUCUUUACCUCAUGAUUUCAAUCCAGCUCAUUUUAAAGCUAAUGUUUUGGAGCAUCUACUGGUUUACACUCCUUCUGGACAUGUUGUUCAAUAUAAGUUACUACCUACAACAGGGGAAGAGUUUGAUGAAAAUGCUUCUAGAACUGGACCAGGAUAUGCCUCACAAGGCCAAGAAGAGGAGUUGCGGGUCAAAGUUGAAGCUCUUCAAUCAUGGGAUGUUUGCCGACGAGCAGAUUGGCCAGAAAGAGUGGAAUGCCUUUCUGGAAUUACUCAUAGACGACAAGAAGCUGCAGAAAUAGUCACAGAUCUUUCUGAUCCUGAAGAUGAUGAUCUUGGGCAUAAGGAGGCAUGGGAGAAACCCCAAGAUCAAUCUCACUUCUAUAUUUCCAAUGCAGAGGUGCAGAUAAGCUCUGGAAGGAUGCCAAUCUGGCAAAAUUAUAAGGUUUCUUUCUAUAUAAUGAACCCUUUGGCAAGUAAUGACCACACAUUCACUACAAAAAGUGCUGGUGGAGAAAUUAAAAUAGAGCAGAUGCCUGUUAAUGAGGUUAAAAUUAGGGGGAGGGAUUUAUUAGCCGUUUUUGACCAUUUUCACUGGAUUCAGUCUGAUUGGAAUGGCAGGAGCUCUGGUGGGGGAAAGUAUACUAUUACAGCGUCAAGUUUGCGGGGUGCUAAGGAGAAAUUCCCUGAAUAUUCUAUUAUUCCUCACUCUAAAUUGAUGUCACCUAUCUCUGUUGAUAACUCAGAGAGUGGAUCGCCAAACAGUUCUUAUCCAUCUACUGUUCAAUUUGGAAAUGAUGACAGUGGGGUGGGUGGAGGGAGUCCUGUUUUGGCAUCUCCUUUGAUGAUUCAGAGCUCUCUCUGUAAAUGUGAUAGUUCAGUUUCGUUCAAUCAAUCUAAAAUCCAAAAUUUUCAAGUUGAAGACGGUAAGGCUGUUAAUAACCUGUCGUCAUUGACAACUGGCCAUCUCUCUGGUGGAAGAACUGUGAAAGAAGUAAACUUUUCAAAUAGUGGUGGGACCAGUAAAGUUUCAAACCCAAGUUAUAACCAUUCUGAUUCGAGUAUGAAGAUUGUAGAUGAGGCGACAGUAAAUGACUCCCUGGACUUUAAACAGUUUUUUCAAGAAGAAUACUGUAAGGCAUUGCCCUUGAGUGCUGGCUGUGAAUCAACAGAAGUUAUUACUGAUGUAGACAGCGGCAGCAAUCCUUGUGAUAGAGAAAAAUCUGAAGAAGGUGACAAUAUUGAAAUGCUUGGUGGUGUUUUUGCCUUCUCGGAAGAGGGUUGAUGCGUAAGUUAUUUUGUUUGUUCCGUGAUGAACACAUCAUAUUCAUUUUCUUUUGGGUCAGCCAUAUGGGUGUUAAUAUACUAAUAUAAAGCAUGGCACAGUCUCCUCUAAAUGAUGGGAAAAGUUUCUGACCUGAUUGAUUCAAAUUCAAGUAAGUUAUAUUUUGCUUAUUGUGCCUUCUGGGUAAAUUCCUGGUUCUUUUCUCCUAGUGUACAUACUGUAAAUUGGUUUUCAUAAUACAAAUGAUUUGUGGGGACAGGUUAUCUCUGUGCUGUAUUACAUUAUUGAUUCUUCAAAAGAAAAAGCAGAAGAAUAAGAAAGGAAAAUGGGUUAA